AUGAAUAGGGUAAAACGCUUGACUGUGAGAUUUGUGACGGCCACUACUUUCUGGUUCAUUACCAUCCUAUUUCUGACGAUGGCCUGGUUUGAUGUGAAGCAUGGGAACAAUCGUAAAAUUGCAGAAUUUAAUCUUUUACCUUGGACGCGACAGUUCAUGACAAGCAAGAACAUGACAGUUACUGAACAGCCAACUAGCAGCUACGAUGAAUUAAUGAAACAGAACAGACUGGCAAAGGUCAAGAGAGAGUUUAAUGAUCUCUCACUCACAAAUAGAACCAUGUAUCCUGCCAACAGAAUCGGCAACUAUAUCUUCUCCAACCCUAAUCUUUGCAAAGAUGUUCCCAGUAUCGAUUUCAUCAUUAUCGUGCACACAGCAACUACCCACUUUGAAAGAAGACAACGAAUCAGAGCCACUUUUGCGAACACAUCUUUGUUUUAUCCAGCACAAAUACGUGCUGCUUUCUUACUGGGUAAAACGAACGAUAGUGCAUUAACGGAGAAGUUAUGGCAGGAACAUAGAACAUACAACGAUACUGUUAUGGGAGAUUUUAUCGAUGAUUAUCACAACCUUACAUUGAAGGGAGUCAUGGGACUUCGCUGGGUCAAAGAUCACUGUCCAAAUGCUGCUUUUGUGUUAAAAAUAGAUGACGAUGUUUUAAUAAACAUGUUUACACUAGUUCAUUUGUUCUUACCACAAAUGAAGACACAGAAAAGAACUAUUUUUUGUAAGGUAUUCCUAAAUGAUUCAAUGUUGGUAGAAAGAAAUGGUAGGUGGAAAGUGGAUUCCCAUAUUUUACCAAACAGGACAACAUAUCCGUAUCCAUACUGCCCAGGUUUUACCGUAAUACUAACCCCAGACUUGGUUGAUGAACUGUACCAGGCUGCACAGGUUACACCGUUUUUCUGGAUUGAUGACAACUAUCUGUUCGGGUUGUUGCCAUAUGUGAUUGGUAACAUCAAUUUUACAUAUUACGAAUUUAACACAUAUUUUUCCCCCCUAUAUAAGAACGCUAUAAACUGUACAUUACCGCAGAAAUGGCGAUGCCCAAUGUAUUCUGUUCUCUUAUACGACAGUGAUUUCUGGACUUGUUGGCACACAAUGAAAAGUGUCUACACCGAUGUUGAUUAG